GCCGGCGGCCACCCGGCACGCGGCGGGCCUCGGGACGGUUCGCGGCCCGGCCCCGCGCCGGGGAGCGGUGGCGGCAGUGGCUGCGGCAGCAGGCUGCCUCCUGGAGCGGGGCCGUCGGAGACUGCAUGGAGACCCCGCAGAGAAGACUUCCUCCAGGUGAGCGGGGGUCGGUGGCCGCCGGCUCCCGGUGACUUGGAGCUUUCCCUGCGGCGACCGCACGCGCCGAGAUGGGGAAUCCAGGUCUGCCGCUGCCCGCAGAGUGAGCGGCAGGCAACGGACUGAGGGCUGCCCCGCAAAAGAUGGACCCCUGUGAAGAUCUGGAAAGGUCCAGCCAUAAGUCUCUGGACUCCAGGGAGACCGGGCCUCCGGAACUUGAAGGACCACGGGCCUGCGACCCUGAGGCCCUGGGGAAAGGACACGAGGAGAUGUGGAGCCAGAAGUACCACCUGCAGAGCCCACGCGCGGAGAGCAGCAACAGUGAAUGGCAAAAUCGAAACAGAGUUUCCGAAGAGCUUAUGAUGGUUGUCCAAGAAAUGAAAAAAUAUUUCCCAUCAGAGAGACCCAAUAAGCCGAGCACUCUAGAUGCCCUCAACUAUGCCCUUCGUUGUGUACACAUGUGCAAGGAGACAAAUAGUGAGUUUUUCCAGAUUCUCUGUCCAGAUGGAGCACCUCGAGCAAAUGUGACCACGUACAGUCUUGAGGAACUGAGCACGGUUGCUUCAGAACACGCUUCCAAAAACACAGAUACCUUUGUGGCAGUGUUUUCAUUUCUGUCUGGAAGGUUAGUGCACGUUUCUGAACAGGCCACUUCGAUCCUGAACUGUAAGAAGGAUUUCUUGGAGUCCUCGCACUUUGUUGAACUGCUCGCCCCUCAAGAUGUGAGGGUGUCCUGUGCACACACUGUCCACGCUCAGCUUCCCUUCUGGAACAGCUGGACCCAAAGAGCAGCAUCUCAGUACGAAUUCGCUCCGGUGAAAUCCUUUUUCUGCAGGAUCCGUGGAGGCGAAGUCCGAGAGCAAGAGAAGCGUUACUACCCAUUCCGGAUUAUUCCCUAUUUGAUGCGUGUACAUGUCUCUACCCAGCGGGAACCUGAGUCGUGCUGUCUCACCCUGGUGGAGAAAGUUUGCUCUGGUUAUGAAGCUCCUCGAAUCCCGAUGGAUAAAAUAAUUUUUACCACAACACACACCCCAGGGUGUGUUUUUCUUGAAAGAGCGGUGUCUCUGCCGGGUUACCUACCUCAGGAUCUGCUAGGGACAUCCAUCUUGGCGUACGUGCACCCCGAAGACCGUUCUCUCAUGGUUGCCAUACACCAAAAAGUCUUGAAGUAUGCAGGCCACCCUCCCUUUGAACACUCACCCAUUCGAUUCCGUACCCAAAAUGGAGAUUACGUCAUAUUGGACUCCAGCUGGUCCAGCUUCAUGAACCCGUGGAGCCAGAAGGUUUCUUUCAUCAUCGGUCGGCAUAAAGUUUGAACGAGUCCACUGAAUGAGGAUGUUUUCGCGACCCAAAUAAAAAAGACGAACCAUAAUGACAAAGAUGUAACAGAAUUGCAAGAACAAAUUCACAAACUUCUCUUACAGCCUCGGGCCGGAAGCAUGGAGCUUCACACACCGCACGUAGGAUUUCGGAAGCGUUCACCUUCGCGUUCGGUGAUCUCAGACACACUCUCGGGUGCCAGCCGCUGUGCCUGUCCCCGGGCGGCAGCACCUCGCAGGAGCAGCGCGUCGGGGGCGCGUCGUCUGGUGAGGCGGGCGGACCCCGCGCCGCGCAAGCGCACCGGGAGCCGGUACAUGCGCCACGUCGCGUCUGCGCAGGCGCGCCCUCCACCCUCUGCGUCCUCGGAGCGCGGUCACUGUGUUCUCAGCCGCCAUGUCCUCAGAGAACCGGAAGUUACGUGUGUUUUGUUCAUGUAUCUUUUAAUGUACAUGUUUAUAAUUUCUGAAGCACCUUCUCUCAUUCUUUUCCCUCAGCUGACUUUGCAGCAGGUCUCCGCCAGUCUAAACAAAAUUAAGAAUCUCGGUCAGCAGCUUUACAUUGAGUCAAUGGCCAAGUCACCAGAUAAGCAAGUGACGGCGGUGUGCACAGGACGGCUUGGCGAUGAGCAGAAGGUCUCUUCUGCCUUCCAGAUGUUGAAAGACGAUAGCAUGCAUGUGGAGUCUAGUGAAGAUUGGAGAAAAGACCAGCAUAGCCCAUCUUAUCAGCAAAUAAACUGCAUUGACAGUGUUAUCAGAUACCUGAGGAGCUGCGACAUUCCGGCUUUGAAAAGGAAGAGCGCGUCCUCUUCAUCCUCGGAAGACAGACAGGACCACACAAAUGAUGCCCAGACCUUGCACGGUAACGCGAGUGCCCUCCUGGCCAGCCAGAGGAUGGGAGGAUUUUUCUUUUCACUGUCGGUUUCUCUCAUGCCCCCAGCUGCGCCUCAGACCCCAGCCACAGCUCACUUGAAGAUGUCUACUGCCAGGCGGUCUGCAGACGCUGCAGGACGCGCCCCCCGGAGCCUGUCCCCGGCGGCGCUGAGCCUGGGCUCUGGCACGAGCCAGUGUAGCUACGGCAGCACCGUUGUCCACGCCCCCCCGCCAGAGUCAGCAGAAGCGACUCUGGCAGAGGAUGCUGUCCCAGCGUGUGAGCCCUGGACCCCGUGCUCACACCCAGGUCCGCGGACCUCAGAAGAAUUUCAACAUGUAGGGCUGACAAAAGCCAUGCUGUCAGCCCACACACAGAACGAGGAACAGAAUUAUGUUGAUAAAUUCCGAGAAAAGAUCCUGUCAUCGCCCUACAGAGCCUGUCUUCCGCAAGAAAGCAGAAGCAAAGCUAAACAUUUGUACGUUCAAGGAGGCUCCGCUUCCAAGCAGAGCAGCGCGGCCGGCGGCAAGAAGGGGAAGCACAAGGGGAAGAAGCUGCCACAGCUGCCGGGCAGCAGUGGCACUAAGGACGCCUUCUGUCCCCGCUUGCGAGGGGACGAGGGGACGUCCAGGACACACAGCCCUGGGGCCCCUCCCCCGCCUUCUCCGUGGGCCUCCGGCCUGUCGUUCCCGGCUCCUUCCCCCGUCCCGGCCCUGCCCCGUGGGGGAGGAGGCCACGUGGCAGCAGUGGCUCCGUUCGAAUGUCUGUCUGAGCCACGUUUGCCCAACUGCUUGCAGUCUUUUCCUGCCCCUCCUCUCUACUUAGAUACUUUGAUGACCAUUUUCCUGCACGAACCCCCUGUCUGUCCCCUUUUGUCACCAUCCUUCCCCCCAUAUCCGUUCUUGGGAGCACCAGACUCUUCCGAAAUUCCACCCUCAGCAUCAGCAGUGGCUGCCAGGCUGGAACCCCCGUGGUCGGUCCUCAGCCGAAGGCGAGCUGAGGGGAAAUGGGAGACGCCGUGUGAAGAGCACGCACUCACUACCUCGAGGAGCAGCUCACCACUGUGGCUCAACUUACUGCAGGAAGACACGCUCAGAUCCCGCGAAUCUUCAGAUCAGAUGAGAAGGGGUAUUUGCCCAGAAGCCGAGGAUCGUGUCGUAGGCAACAGCGGGAAUAAGAACAGUUACAUGGCAUUACUUCACGAGGAGUCUCCUUCCAAAACAGGUUCUGCAGCAUCAGGAAGCAGUGACCACAGUAUAUACUCCACUAGUGGUGAUUAUUCUUCUGAAAUCACCUCAGAGGGACAGCAGUCUCAGGAUGUACAGAAGAAAGAAACGUUUCCCGGUUUUGCUGAAGAGUCCAUGUGGAGAAUGAUAAAACAGACACCUGAGUGCAUUCUGAUGACAUACCAGGUACCUGAGAGGGUGAAAGAGACCGUGCCGAAAGGGGACCUGGAGAGGCUGGUGGGCAUGCGGCCGCAGCAACCCCAGUUUUCACGCACGCAGAGGGAGGAGCUGGCCAAGGUGCACUCUUGGAUUCAGAGUCAGGCUGUCCCUCGAGAUAGACACUUGGAGGGCUGUGUCACCUGCGAAAGCAAAGAUUCCCUUGGUGACGCCGCAGAGUCCUGUGGUCAAGCUCCAGCAGCAAACGGCAGUUGAGUGGCCACGGAGAUGGCACCUGCCGGACAAGCAGACCUCUUGGUGUGUCUCUUUAACCCCUGACUCCUACAUGGCCAUGAAGCUAUCAGUGAAUGUGAAGGUUUUCCCUUCUGGACUUUUUAACAGGCAUCAUUUUUCUGAAACAGACGUUGUAUAUACCGUCUUUCAUUCCUGUGUUCCUGGUGUAUUAAAGCUGUCAGUCAGCUUCUCUUUCUGGUUGGCCGUCCUCUGAGCAGAUUGGAUGGCCUCUAGAGAGGUGUGUGCACAGUGAAACUUGACUUCGGGUGUCACCCAAAAUGGAUGGUAGUUAGAAGUAUGGCUAGAAGUAGCCCCGAACGUUAGCCUCGUUUAUUUCGUUCUGUUGUUAUGUGGAUCAUUUUCCUGUGGGAGGAUGUAGGACGUCCCACCUGCAGGCCAUAUACUGUUCGGAAUGGUUUCCAUAAGUUGCAUACUUUCAUGCGGCCUGUGCACAACUUGGUGCUUCCCCCCGAGAUUAAGAGGAGACGUUCCGCUUCCUCACGACGCCAAGUCACUUCAGUAUUUACCAGUGUUAGAAAAUAUCGCCCAUCGGUACACUGGGAAUAGCUGGCUUUUAGGUUUGGAUUCUGAGCUUUAUUCCUAUAGAUGCCUUUCCUUUUAAUUUUCCACCUUCCACUGAGAUUCCCAAAGUCUUAUCUUAAAAACCAGUCUACUUACAAUGAGCUUAUUCCUUGGAGUUAAGUUAGCUUUUGCAUGUGUAACAUUAAAACAGAAAG